CAUUUGAGGUUCUCUAUUGUAGUAAUUAUUCUAUGACUAAAGAAAAGAGAUUUUUUUCAAAACUAUUGUUGAUAAAGAAGCAGAAGAAUUAUUUUUCAUUGUCAAAAUGCAAAGGGCAUGGCAAGUGCAAGUAAAAAAUAUAUUUCCUAAAUUAAAAUAUAAUCUAAUUAACGAUAAACAUAGAAGAUUAAAAAAUGCUGAAGGACCUGCCGGUAGAAUACGGAGCAUUCAAAAAAUACUAACAGCAUUGUUUAAAUAUGAACGAAUUGAACUUAAUUACAAUAAGGCCGAUGAGACGAGAGGUUAUGUUGAACUUUUAAUCGACAAAGCACGAAGAAAUGGACCAACCGAUCCAGAAACAAUGGAAUAUGCCAAUUUUUACAUUCUCGAGAAGCAAUUAGUUCAUAAACUUUUUAAAGUUCUUGUUCCAAGAUACGAAAAUUACAACGAAUCUGUGACGAGAUUAUACUUGGCACCAAAUCCAUGUCCAGGACAUUAUUUCAAAAGAUCAGUUCUCGAACUCAAAGGAAACAUUUAUCCGAGUUUAAACAUUGAGAAUCCAAAUGAAGAUAAUAUGAUACACAAUGUUUUACUUAAUGCGGCAAAAAGUGAUUAUCAUCGUCAAAAGCAAAAAGAGAUGACGAACAAUAUGAAAAAAGAUUAUGAGAAUAAUACUAGUCGCAGUGAUGAUGUUAGUUAAGACUUUUAAAUUCAUUUUUACGUUAAAAAAUUAAAAAAUAUUUUAAAAAACCAAAAAAAAAAGAGAAAGAAAUAAAGAAAUCGGAAAAUUAGAAAAAAAUAAAGUUUAUUUCAAGAUACAAAUGCAUUUCAAGUUUCAACAGUGAAAAGUUAUGGAUAAAUAAACUUUUAAAUUGUUUAAAAAAAA